CAAACACGUAUUCAGGAGUUUGGUAGAGAAGAGUUUGUAUCUGCUCUCUCUCUCUCUCUCAAUUUCCUCUUUCGUUUCUCUCUCCCAAAUUUAUCUAUUGUGUCUUCCAUCUUUCUAACUCCUUAGGGUUUUAUUUGUCUCUUUUAAUUAUAUCAAUUUAACCAUCAUCAUCAUCAUCACCAUCGUAAUUAUAAAUCUAUAAUUUCAAUAGAAUUGCAUAAUUGCCCUCCCCUUCUUGCACAUUCGAGCAAAAAUAUUGAAAGCAUUUGUUUUGUAAAAGUUAAUUAAUCGAAAACGGAAUGGCUUCUGAUUCAUGGAGUUCUCGCCUUUCAACGACUUCUUCAAGACGUUAUCAUUCUCGAUCUGAUCUGUACGAGGAAACUGAAGUAAUAAUAGAAGAGGAUUUGAAAGCGGAGUUUCUGUGUCCGUUUUGCGCUGAGGAUUUUGACGUUGUUGGACUUUGUUGUCAUAUCGAUGAAGAGCAUCCUCUUGAAGCUAAAAAUGGGGUGUGCCCAGUUUGCGCUAAACGGGUGGGAAUGGACAUUGUUGGUCAUAUUACUAUGCAACAUGGGAACUUCUUUAAGGUGCAGCGGAGAAGGAGAUUGCGUAAGGGGAGCUCUAACUCAGCAUUCUCCCUAUUGAGAAAAGAGCUGCGAGAAGGAAGUUUACAAUCCCUUCUUGGUGGUUCUUCAUGCUUUGUGUCUUCCUCGAAUGCAGAACCUGAUCCCUUGCUUUCAUCUUUUAUAUUUAAUCCGUCUACUCCUGAUGAACCUCUGAGCGUACAGCCUCUUUCAUCAGUUGAAGCAGUCUCAGUACAGGGGAGCACAAAUGAAGAGUCUCGAGAAAGAAAUGUCCAACAAUCACUGCUAUCAGACAAGGACCAAGAGGAGAAGUCGCGGAGGUGCAGGUUUGUCCAGGGGCUAUUGAUGUCUACUAUUCUUGACGAUGAGCUAUGAGUGUAGAGGGGGGUAAAUGUGGACUUGUUAAUAUGAUAUAGUAGGAAUGAGAGCAAAUUGAAGAGGAAAAAUGCUUUUGAUUGACAAGUGAUAAUUAGCUAGGGUCAGGUGAACUUUGUAUUAUCGCUGUAUUUAUUAUAAUUUAUGCGUAUAAUGGAAAGAUGGAAGAACUUAUUUCUA